AUCAUUAUCGAUUGUUUCUCAGUCGUUGACUCGGCAACGUCUUUGUCAAUUGGUACAUCACUUUAAACGUCACAUACAGCACAGCACACGAUUUUCGUUACAGUAUAGAAUAAGAAUACAGUUAAUUUCUAUAGCGAAGAAAUAAAGUUGUUAUUUCAUGUUUGUAUCAAAUUGUUGUUUACCUAGCGGAGAACAUUCCGUCCAGUAUCUGAUAAGAACACCGAAAAUGAUAAAACAAUGAGAUAAUACGUAUUCCAUGUGCGUGGAUCCCGCGGUCAUAAGAAGGUGGCGGGGCGCUGCAGCGCAGGGACAACAUGACGCGCCCGGGACCUCCAAAUGAGAACCUGCCUACGAUCAAACUGGUGGUGGUGGGAGACGGCGGCGUGGGGAAGAGCGCGAUCACCAUCCAGUUCUUCCAGAAACUGUUCGUGACGGACUACGACCCCACCAUCGAGGACUCGUACAUACAACACACCGAGGUGGACGGCCAGUGGUGCAUCCUCGAUGUACUGGACACGGCGGGGCAGGAGGAGUUCAGCGCGAUGCGGGAGCAGUACAUGCGCAAGGGGGACGGCUUCCUGCUCGUGUACUCCGUCACCGACAAGCAGAGCUACGAGAACAUCCGACACUUCCACACGCAGAUACUGCGGGUCAAGGACAGGGAGACGUACCCAAUGCUGCUGGCCGCCAACAAGGUGGACCUGGUGCACGUGCGCGCCGUGAGCGAGGAGGCGGGCCGCGAGCUGGCGCGGCAGCUGGGCGCGCCCUACAUAGAGACCAGCGCCAAGGAGCCGCCGCUCAACAUCGACGCCGCCUUCCACGAGUUGGUGCGCAUCAUCCGCAACCACCCGCAGCAGGAGGACAAGCAGCGCCGCCGCCGCAAGCUGGCGCGCUGCGCCAUGCUCUGAGCCACGCCGCCAUCACGCUGCCACCACGCCGCCACCACGCUGCGCCGCCCGCAUCACGCAACACGUUUACGUUGCACCAAACUAAAGUAUUGCAUAACAAACAACACAUGUAUGGUAAGCUAUACUGGGCACCACUGUAGUACGAGGCAGUCUGCAAUAAGCGGCGCGGUGCUACCUGUAAGCGGUCGCGAAAGCUGUUUGUUGAUGACCACAGGCCUGUACAGUGGGUGAUGGUACACGCGACACGUACAUUAAAUAUGUGACAUUGUAUAUUGACGUCAGAAUAUAAACACAAUGUCUAACAAAUAUUUUGAAAUCGAAGCUUUAAAGGUUUCUACUGACUAGAUUGUAUCACGCGAGAGUGAAGGCAUGGAGCUCCUCUAACAACAUUAAUGCAAUGUUUAAAUAAGCCUCACCUGUACGAAUGCACAAACGCGGUGGUCACGUCUAGAGGACGGUAAACCUAACAUUGUUUAUAAGAUGGUCUGUUUAUUUCAUAUAUCACGUACCAAUGCAUAGCAUUUAUUUUAGCUCAGUAAGUGUCCAUAGUGUAAGCAGACAUCGUGACCAAUACAUCGUGCAGAUGUAAUAGUUGUUGUUCUAGUUAGUAUUAUUUUGUUGCUUUAAGUUACGCGCACCGACUGUCGGAUCUCGACCUACGCAUCGCUAACAAUUUAUUCGAGUACCCACUGAUUGCUUAUUCGAGUCACGAAGAAUCCUUAAAAAAGAAAUGUAGUGUUAGUAGCAGACACUGCCUGCUGCCCUGUUGUGUGAGCCUAAGUAAUUCGGUAGAAGGCAGGCAGCGACAAUUAUCUAGCGACAGUUGGCGCUAGCGGGGAACAUGUCGGCCGUGGCUCGGUACAGUGUGCGCGUACCUUAACGUCAUAACCAAAGCAAGUACAGCGGCUCGACACGUACACACGCACACAUACACACUGUGUACACACACGUCACACUAGACAAUAAAUGACUUCCAUCCCCCCCCCCAGCCGCAGCCCCCGCAGUGGCCGCAGUCCCCAACGCAGUGCUGUGAUCGAGCCGCAGUACGUAGUAUAGUGCACAAACAUUGUUAUACACACGCCAAAGAAAUUUAUAAUUAUCUAGCUUUUAUUUAUAUUGUAAGUAAGGACUAUAUUCCAAUGUGUAAAGUUAACUGUAAGAGCAACAGUUGAGGCGGCGCCCGCAUCCCACGCACCGACACACACACCCACACGCACACACACACUCAACCGUUACCUGACAAUAAUUUCACGUGUGCGUGAGCUGGACACUGGCAGAGGACAGCACUCGGCACUCCGUGGCCGUAGUGGCGUGCACACAAUAAUAUAAGGCUGAACCAUUCUCCGCCAAACUGUUUGGACACACGUUCCAAAUACACCAUUCUAAGCUAUGCUCAAACUGGCCUCGCACUUCCACUGCACUUUACAUUUAUUCUAAGCUUCUCUACAGUGUUCGUUGGGCACUCAUUAGAUGGCGCCGCUGUAUCCACCUACCUAACGGUCAGGUGAGCUACCACAAUAUCCGACGCUGGCUCCAGCCUCAACAAAGCCGACGUUACACCACGUCACCUAGACCUAAGUACAUACAAGUAGUCUACGCUAACGAAACACUGUUAAGGAAUUGAACUCUGGAAUAAUUGAGUGUUCGAAUUGUAGCAUAAAUAUGUAAGAGAUAUGGAGAGUUGUAAACAAUACUUUUACUGCUGACUAAUGUAGUGGACGGAAUGUUAUGUUAUUCUUACUUUAACAAGAAGUUGCUAGAACACCACGGCCCGCUCUCUUCGCAGGCGGCGAGUGUUGCGCUGCGUGCGAUGACCAAUAGUAAAAUUAUCUUAAUUACUGGAUGCGACGGAAUCGUCUGGAUGUCCUGCUGAUAUGUUUUAAACGACUUCCAAAAGAAAGAGGAUGUGCAGUGUGCCAACCGUACAAUCGAUAUUAUUGUGUUAUUUGCAUUAUGAUAGAGAUGAGUUACCGACUACGACUAGUUACAGCAGACUCCACCGUCGCAUCGCCACUCGCUAUACACUAAAUGGAACUGAAGAAACCCUCGGACAACGCAUAGCGCGUUGUUGUUGUAACCGCCGCGAUAUGCGCGUGCGCACGCCCCAUACACCAGUCAGUCGUGUACUAUGGACACAUAAACGUGUAGCCAUUGUCUUUCUAGAUUUCUAUAUUAUUUCACUACUGGCUUCCAAACCUCCAAUACAAAACAUACUAUUUAUUUUAAUAUACAUUGAACAAUAUUUUUUUAACAAGAUGAACAUAUUUUAUAUUGCUUUAUUGUUGUUAUCCUUUGAUCUAGUCCUUUGGGAUGGAGUCCAGAAUACGAAUAUUAAUAUAUUUAAAGAGAUUAAAUUAGUUCUGCGCUGCCCCGUUUAGCAUCGGCGUAAUGAUAAAUGAUCGUAUAUUGUUGUUACUAUAUGUUUUGUAUGUUGUAACAUAUAAUAAAUGUAGGAAACUAAUGAAGCUGUUUUAUUACUACUCGACCCCCUGCUAUGUGUACUGUCUAG